AUGCAAGGGAGGGGGAAUGCAUCCUUAUUGUUGUCUGGCUGGGGGAGAGAACAUGAGUGUUUCUCCAGUGUGGAAUUUCCUGUACUCUGGGUGCUGUUGGGUAAGCUCUCUCUUCACUGGCUAAAUGAGCUGGGCUCACUGUGCUGGACCAGAGGUAAAGACCUGUCUGUCUCGUUGGUGUGCAUCAUGAAGGUAAGGAGCUCUCACCUAUCCUCUCAAUAUUAAUGAUGAUUACUAUAACUAUCUGACUGUGUGAAUGUCAUUAUUUCUCCUAGUUGAACUUGGAUGUAACUCUGUCCUGUCUGACUCUGUUACUCUCCUGUCUCCCUCGUAUGCGGUAUGUACUGAGAACCAGAGUGUCUAAUUCAUGGUUGACAUUUAGAGAGCUACGUAAAAGCUGAACAUUAUUGUCUCCAUCCAUCCACUUAGCUGUGAGCGCCCUGAGAACUGCAGAUGGGGACUUUAUGGGGAAUGGUCUGAAUGCGAUGGCUGCACAAAAACACAGGUACACACAGUCAAUCACACGCACACACUUAAUUGCAUUGACUUCAAGAAAGGAAGGUAUUUUUCUUACUUGGAUGUAUUAAUAUGAUGUUUUCUGAAUAUUUACAGGUCCGCACACGGACAGUUGAGGUGUUUGCCCAGUAUCGGGGCAGUCCAUGCUCUGGGGAGGCUUCUCAGAGUCGAGAGUGUGUCCCCAAGAAAGGAUGUCCCCUGGGCACAGGCUGUGGAGAAAGGUUCCGCUGUUCCGCAGGUACUUUUUAAAAUCCACAUUAAACCAGUAAAAAUAAACAAUUUAUGUAUAUUUGUGCACUAUAGUACUGAUUUAGUGUAUUGUUUUGUGUGUGUGUGUAUUUUCAUCUCAUACAGGUGACGGAUAUGUAUGUAUAUGAUUAAUAAACAACAACAACAACAACUACAUAUGUAUGUGUAUCUUAGGACAGUGUGUGAGCCGCUCUCUGGUAUGUAAUGGAGACCAGGACUGUGAGGAGGGCGGGACAGACGAGAGACACUGUGAUGCUGACAACAGCCACUAUGUGUGUGACCUGGACAAGACUCCUCCCAACUCUGCCCACACUGGCAAAGGGUAGGCACACCCCCCUCUACCACUAACAUCAUAUGACAUGUGUAUUACAACACAUCUUGCAAAUUUGAUGUAAUGGUCACUAUGCAUUGGCUAUACUGUAUUUCCCAACAUGUUGAUGUUAUAAUCUAGGCUUGUAGAUGUGUAGAUGGGUAUCUGAGUUAAGGUUUGUAUUGUCCCCUGUAGGUAUGAUGUGCUGACAGGGAAGUUCAGGUCUGGUGUCAUUAACACACUAAGCUUCGGAGGGCAGUGCAGGAAGGUUUUCAGUGGAGACCACAAGACCUUCUACAGACUGCCUCAGAGUAUCCUCAGGUACACCUUCCAGGUGAGCCAUACUAUACUACAUGUCUGGUUUAGUAACAGGCAGUAACUUACUGCUGAAGUAAUACAACUACAAUCUGUGGGAUCUUCCUAGGUAGAGGUUGAGAAUGACUUCACCGAUGAGGCCUAUGAGAGCUCCUGGUCCUACAUGAAGCACAUCCAGGACAACGCCUUAUGGGGACACGAUCGCCGCACUUUUCACACAGAGCUCAACAAAGACAAGGUGACUCACUGAGACUAUAGCUGGUUGAUGACAAUAUAGCCCUGCGUGAGUAUGUACAGUGUGAUGGUUAGGUCUUAUCUGCGUGUGUCCCUCUCUUCUGCCAGUCUCACAGGCUACUGAUCAUAAAGAAUCAGGUGGCGCUAGCCCAGUUCCAGAACACCGUGCCCCAGUAUAUCACUCUGGCUGAGGGCUUCUGGAAGGCCCUGUCCUCCCUCCCCACCACGUACAGUUACCCAGCCUACCGCUCCAUCCUGCAGACCUACGGCACCCACUACUUGUCAGAGGGGGCUCUGGGGGGCCAGUACCAGGCCCUGCUGGAGUUUGACAACGAGGCCCUCAAAGAGACCAGUGAGUAGGACCACUUUCUCACCAGAUAGAGUUAAAUAUGGUAUUAGUUGCUUUGAAUGCAUUAAAUCAAAUCAAAUCAAUUUUAUUGGCCACAUGCGCCGAAUACAACAGGUGCAGACAUUACAGUGAAAUGCUUACUUACAGCCCUUAACCAACAGUGCAUUUCUUUUUUACAAAAAAGUAAAAAUAAAACAACAACAAAAAAAGUGUUGAGAAAAAAAAGAGCAUAUAUAGGUAACAGUAGGGAGGCUAUAUAUACAGGGGGGUACCGGUGCAGAGUCAAUGUGCGGGGGCACCGGCUAGUUGAGGUAGUUGAAGUAAUAUGUACAUGUGGGUAGAGUUAAAGUGACUAUGCAUAAAUAAUGAACAGAGUAGCAGCAGCGUAAAAGGAUGGGGUGGGGGGGCAGUGCAAAUAGUCCGGGUAGCCAUGAUUAGCUGUUCAGGAGUCUUAUGGCUUGGGGGUAGAAGCUGUUGAGAAGUCUUUUGGACCUAGACUUGGCACUCCAGUACCGCUUGCCGUGCGGUAGCAGAGAGAACAGUCUAUGACUAGGGUGGCUGGAGUCUUUGACAAUUUUGAGGGCCUUCCUCUGACACCGCCUGGUAUAGAGGUCCUGGAUGGCAGGAAGCUUGGCCCCAGUGAUGUACUGGGCCAUACGCACUACCCUCUGUAGUGCCUUGCGGUCGGAGGCCAGGCAGUUGCCAUACCAGGCGGUGAUGCAACCAGUCAGGAUGCUCUCGAUGGUGCAGCUGUAGAUUUUUUUGAGGAUCUGAGGACCCAUACCAAAUCUUUUCAGUCUCCUGAGGGGGAAUAGGCUUUGUCGUGCCCUCUUCACGACUGUCUUGGUGUGUUUGGACCAUGAUAGUUUGUUGGUGAUGUGGACACCAAGGAACUUGAAGCUCUCAACCUGUUCCACUACAGCCCCGUCGAUGAGAAUGGGGGCGUGCUCAGUCCUCUUUUUUUUUCCCUGUAGUCCACAAUCAUCUCCUUUGUCUUGGUCACGUUGAGGGAGAGGUUGUUGUCCUGGCACCCCACGGCCAGGUCUCUGACCUCCUCCCUAUAGGCUGUCUCAUCGUUGUCGGUGAUCAGGCCUACCACUGUUGUGUCGUCGGCAAACUUAAUGAUGGUGUUGGAGUCGUGCCUGGCCAUGCAGUCAUGGGUGAACAGGGAGUACAGGAGGGGACUGAGCACGCACCCCUGAGGGGCCCCCGUGUUGAGGAUCAGUGUGGCAGAUGUGUUGUUACCUACCCUUACCACCUGGGGGCGGCCCGUCAGGAAGUCCAGGAUCCAGUUGCAGAGGGAGGUGUUUAGUCCCAGGAGGUGUUUAGUCCCAGGAGGUGUUUAGUCCCAGGAUCCUUAGCUUAGUGAUGAGCUUUGAGGGAUUACAAAUCCUUUUCAACCAUUCUCCUUUUUCUGAGUUCUGAUUUCUUCUUUGUCUGAUUGAAGGCACAACGGAUAUGGAGUACCAACGGUGUGUUACCAAGAAGAAGCGCCGCUUGUUCAGGAAAAAGGUCAAAACCACAUGUGAGAAACUGGUGAACUCUCUCAAGACCUCCAAAGGUAGGUCCUACAAGUUUUUAUGUCACCCUUAGUACACCUUACAUACACAGUAUGCACCACGAGUGCUACAAUGAAUCAAAAACAACACAGUAGUAGAAAAUAUCAACAAGUCUGAAUUGUUAAGAAUAGAAAGCUACUGAAUUGAAUAGGUCUGAAUUGACAAUAACAGACACAUUGAAUUGUAAUCACCUCUUCAACCACGAUCCUGUCUGCAGAGUAUAACAACCACAAGCUGCCUAUUAAGACCAACGUCAUCGGUGGAGACACGUCCUUCAUAGCUGGCCUAAGUGUCCUGGACCUGGAGAACCCUGAGGCCAAUGGACAGAUGUAUGACCAGUGGGCCCGCUCUGUCAAGGACUUCCCUCAGGUCAUCAAUAUGAAGGUAGCAUAAUCACAUACAUCUCAUAUAACUAUAAACUUUUUAUUCAAUAUAUAUCAUCUUUUUUUGGGAUGCCAUCAUGUUAUACUGUAUCAUGUCCAUCCAUGUUGUAGCUGCGGCCUCUGUAUGAGCUGGUGAAGGAGGUGCAGUGUGCCGGGCUGAAGAAGCUCCAUCUGAAGAGAUCUACAGAGGAGUACAUGGCAGAGGAGCAUCCCUGCCACUGCCAGCCCUGCCAAAACAACGGGCAGCCCCUGCUGACUGGCACAGAGUGUAAAUGUGUCUGCAGGCCUGGUACCUCGGGCCCUGCCUGUGAAAGUGGCACUGUUAUAGGGGAGCAGCCAGGUAAAACAACCUAAAUUGCUCACUUCCUGUACUGACUUGUCCACUGACACUGUAUUGUUCCUACAGGCCUCUUGCCUCUGACACUGAGCCAGCAGGAUUUCAGAUCAAUGUAUGAUGUUGUUGUCCAUUUAUCCAUAAUGAUUGAGUUAUAAAUGUGAUAUUUUGGCUCUGUCUUUUAUAAGGGGUGAUUCAUGGGGGCUGGAGCUGCUGGUCGUCAUGGGGAUCUUGUUCUCAAAGUCAAAGGUCAAGGUCUAGGACCUGCACUAACCCCGCCCCCAGACGAGGGGGCCUCCAUUGUGUGGGGCUGCCCACAGAACACACUUCCUGUGAAGAGCCAGACCUACAACAUUUACAGUGAGGAAACUUGACCUGUCACCAAAUACGCUGUGUACAACAAGCACACCUUAGCACAGUAGCUACAGUUACAAUAACCUCCACAUCUGCUUCAGAUUAUGGGGGUUGACUGUGUGUUUGUCUGCAGGAUGAUGGAGCCUCAGUGUUUUCGUCUCUCUAGAAGUCCACCCAAGACAUGUGGAGCCCCACCAGCCCUGAGGAAUGGCUUUGUCCUGGUAAUGGUCACCUUUACAUUCCUGUUAUCUGUUGCAGAAUUCAAUAACCUUAAUUGAAGUGUGUGUGAAUUUGUCUGCUGUAUGUUGUGAAAAAGCAUCCAUAUGUAUUUGUAUCUAGAGCCCCAGAGAUGUAUACCUUGUGGGCAGUAAGAUUGAGUACUCCUGUAUAGAGGGCAACUACAUCACUGGAGACACUGUGGCAGAGUGCACUGACAACAACAGCUGGACCAGAGGACCAAUGGAGUGCAAGAGUAGGUAUUCAAUGGGUUACCUUUUUAAAACACUGAGGUUGGAUCUAACUCACUCAAACCACAGAGUUUCUAAACCCAGAGACGCAACAUCGCAAGACUUCCGGGAAUGCUUGCGAAGCAGACCAGGCCGGGGUUUGGGGUUUGAGAAGUCAAUGAGAGAAGUGAACAAUUCUUCUUUUAGAUGUUAAUUUUCUCAAAAUCUAAAGGCACAACCUAGAGUCAAGACAAUGUCUUAAGUAGUUGAACAUGUUAUUACUCCGACCUCGUGAAAGUGACCAACUGACACAUUUUCAUUUUAGUCAAAAACAACUUUAUAUAGAAGGAGUGCCUUUGAUUUGAUGGCCUGCACAUGCACAUUUCGGCACGAGACGACCGUUAGAACCAAUUACAUGUUUCUACGCAUGAGCUUAGUUAGCCAACUUCGCCAUGACAUCGCCUGCAAGUGUGAUCGGGGAUUUCUAUUGGAGAAGCAGUUUUAGCCUAUCUUCAUACUGUACUGUCUUUGCUCAAACUCUAUUCUAGGUGCAAGAUGUGAUGUUCCGUCCCUUGAGAAUGAUGUCACAGGCACGCCCUUGAAAGUGAUCUAUCAGAUCGGGGACAGGGUGUCCCUGUCCUGUCCUGUGGGGAUGAUGAGAGAGGGCAUGGCAGAGAUCAUCUGCAGCUCCAGUCUGCAGUGGUCUCCAUCCCCAGACAGCAUAAGGUGCAGAGAAGGUAAGAGAACCAGAGAUUCAACUGCUACAUGGGAAUCAAUAUACUGAAUUCUUAGCAUCUGUACUCUGAAAUGAAAUGAGGAUGCAUCCCUUUCAAUUAAAUAUUAAUUUUGAUGUCUUUAUUCUAUGUGUGCCAGUGCCAAAUGGUCCCACCCCUCCACUUGGCUUGAACUGCAAACUAUGGGAAUCACCAGGAAAGAGUCAGUGUGUGUGUAAGCUUCCAUACCAAUGCCAGUGAGUAUUUCAACUGUAGUCUUUUCACAUUUCUUGACUUUUGACAGGGUAAUACAACUAAGUAUAUACAAGCCAUUGGAAAUAAAUAAGAGAUUUUAAUCUGAUUAUUUGUAUCUUAAAGGCCAUCCCUGCAGUUAUGUGCCACCCUCCACACAGGCAGAACAAGUAAAGUGGGCAUGUGUCAACUUGGAGCUCUGCAGUGUCUGGGGCGGAGCUUCAAGCUGGUGAAGGACAGUGAUUGUGAUUGGUCGAAUCAGGGGCUCACUUCCUGCCAGGAGGAGUGCUUUGACACCUCCGUCCAGCUCUGUGUCAAACUACCAGACAAUGCUGUCGCUGUGACAAUGUCAGAAUGUGAGCUGGGGGCUCGGAGGUGCCAGGGGGAGCAGUUUGAUGUGGUCAGCAUCGAGGCCUGUUCUGCACUUUAAAACAGUAUUCUUAACCCAUAAUUGUAAUGUUUUUGGGGUUUUUUACAUAGAAGAGAGGUAGUCCCUUAUAUUCUAAUAAAGUGUACAUCAAGGUAGAGCUAUCCAUUUCUACUCUACAUGGUAAUGGUAAUGGAGGGAACUAUCCCAUUAAGCAUUUGACUUCAGGCAACGUUUUUUGGAUGUCCUUUUUUGGUCCUCCAUCUUUUUGGGGUAUUUUUUUGGUGCUGUCCGGACUGUCCUUGAUUUCAAUGUCCACGGCAGCUGAAAUUUGGCCAUAGAAUCAAUGACUGAAAAAUACGUAUUUUCAAUGUCUGUAAAUGACAGCUUGUCAACUUCCUUAAAAUAUGUAUUUUUAUCUUUCAUUCAGCAUCUAAAAUGCACCUAAUUUCAAUGUCCGGAAGUAUUUUUUUAUAUUUUUGACGUCCGUAUAAGAUGUCUUUUCAAUGUCUGUAUAAGAUGUUUUGUAACCUUUCAGCACCUGAAAUGCACGUUAUGUCAACGUCUGGAAAAUACAUCUAAAAGAUUACUGGGAUUGUUGCAAGUUGAAAAUA